GGGUGGCGCGGGCCGGAGCAGGACGGCCGCCAUCUUGCGCGAGCCGGAAUCUGGUCCGGCUCCUGCGGCCUAGAGUGCGCGCGAGUAGGUGGCAUUCUCUUGCCGUGGCCCAGCUGGAUCCCUUGCCUGCCGCCCCUCUGGCCCAGGCCGGAGUCCGGCCUUCACCCUCUCCUCUCGGCCAGGUCCGGCCUCCCCGCGGGGUCACGCGGCUGCCCCGGGGACGAUGAACGGAGGAUAAAUGGUGCCCAAGGCAGACAGCGGUGCCUUCCUGCUGCUCUUCCUGCUGGUUCUCACUGUCACCGAGCCGCUGCGGCCAGAGCUUCGGUGCAACCCUGAGCAGUUCGAGUGUCACAGUGGUACCAUCCAGUGCAUACCCCUCCCUUGGCAGUGUGACGGUUGGCCCACGUGUGAAGAUAAGAGUGAUGAAGUUGACUGUCCAGAAGUGACUGGAGAGGCCCGUCCUUAUGGGAAGGAAACUGUGGAUCUGCGGCAGGGGCGGACCAGAGGCGGCGACCCCGCACACUUCCACACAGUGAAUGUGGCUCAGCCUGUCCGCUUCAGCAGCUUCCUAGGGAAAUGCCCGAGCGGGUGGCACCACUAUGAAGGCACAGCCAGCUGCUACCGGGUCUACCUCAGUGGGGAGAACUACUGGGACGCCGCCCAGACCUGCCAGCGUGUGAAUGGCUCGCUCGCCACCUUCUCCACUGACCAAGAGCUGCGCUUUGUCCUAGCCCAGGAAUGGGACCAGCCCGAGCGGAGCUUCGGCUGGAAAGACCAGCGCAAGCUCUGGGUUGGUUAUCAGUAUGUCAUUACUGGCCGGAACCAUUCCUUAGAAGGUCGCUGGGAAGUGGCAUUCAAAGGCUCCCCAGAAGUGUUCCUGCCCCCAGAUCCCAUCUUCGCCUCUGCCAUGUCUGAGAAUGACAAUGUGUUCUGCGCCCAGCUUCAGUGUUUCCACUUUCCUACCCUGAGGCACCAUGACCUCCACAGCUGGCACGCUGAGAGCUGCUCUGAGAAGUCUUCAUUUCUGUGUAAAAGAAGUCAGACGUGUGUUGAUAUCAAAGACAAUGUGGUGGAUGAAGGGUUCUACUUCACUCCCAAGGGAGAUGACCCAUGCUUGAGCUGCACCUGCCAUCGAGGGGAGCCUGAGAUGUGUGUCGCUGCCCUGUGUGAGCGGCCCCAGGGGUGUCAGCAGUACCGCAAGGACCCCAAGGAGUGCUGCAAGUUCAUGUGCCUGGACCCAGAUGGUAGCAGCCUGUUUGACUCCAUGGCUGGUGGACUGCGCCUGGUCGUCAGCUGUAUCUCCUCUUUCCUCAUCCUCUCGCUGCUGCUUUUCAUGGUCCACCGGCUGCGCCAGCGGCGCCGGGAGCGCAUCGAGUCCCUGAUUGGAGCCAACUUGCACCAUUUCAACCUUGGCCGGAGGAUCCCUGGCUUUGACUAUGGUCCAGAUGGCUUUGGCACAGGCCUCACUCCACUCCAUCUUUCUGAUGACGGGGAAGGUGGGACUUUCCAUUUCCACGACCCUCCGCCUCCUUACACAGCUUACAAGUACCCAGACAUGGACCAGCCGGAUGAUCCACCGCCACCCUAUGAGGCUUCUAUCAACCCAGACAGUGUGUUCUACGACCCUGCAGAUGAUGAUGCCUUCGAGCCUGCUGAGGCCAACCUGCCAACCCCAAGGGGUGUUGGCGUUGAAGGCUCAUUGCCCAGGCACUUGGGCCAGCCGCCGCCCUCUGCAGAGACCUCCUCAGCAGAUCUGGAAGACUCUACAGACAGUAGCAGUGCCCUGCUGGUGCCUCCUGAUCCUGCCCAGAGUGGAAGCACUCCAGCUACAGAAGCACCCCCAGGGGGUGGGCACCUCCCCCGUGGGUCCCUCAAUGCUGUGGUUUAGGUGGCUCAGCCCGUGGACCCUGUGGGCUAGGAGUGUAUGCUUCUUGUUCAGAAGACACCUAUCUCAGUGGGGGACCUGAAAGGGUCCUGUCACAGCCUGGACCUUCUCCACUGCCACAUCCCCACCAGCAGGGGGUGUGUACAUAAUACUGACACCAGGUACUCCGAGAGGCCGAGUGCCCGUGCUGACUUACCUGGGGCUGUUGGUCUCUUUUUUAAACGGUAGAAUGACACAGGUGUUGAAACUACAUGUUUCCAAGAGAGCAGAGGCAGUGGGCUUCACUCACACCGAAUGCAUCUUUGGAUGGGCUGGCUUACUGCACUCUCGGCCUUAGAAGCCAGUCAUCGGCCAGUGUAGGCAGUAGUGGCUGCUUUGAGGCAGCAGAGCAUCUGGACUGCUUCUGGAAAGCAUUCGCAGCUGCUGCACUGGCUCUCUGGGAGCUUCCUGUCCGGGCCUAACUGCAGAUUUCAAGGUGCCGAUCCCUGGGAGGAAAUUGCCCUUGCCACACCAUUUCUAACUUCGCUUUGAGCCAGCACUGUGGCAGGAGGCCCUGCCCAUUCCUUAGCACUCUUCCACGGUAUACCUCUGCAUGGCUCCCGGGAGUAGACUCUAGACCCUUGUGGAGGGUGGGGCAUGCUGGCUUCUCUCUGCCACACUCGAUCCCUGUGCUCUGCCUGCUGGUGAAUGACCGCCGGGUCUAGCCAUGCCCGCUCACCUUACCUGUGCCAUAAAGGCUUGUUUGUUUGGGAAGAGAAUGGUUCCAGUGGACACCCUGGGCUGUGUCAUCCGAGUCCGCUUCACCCCAUGAACACUGCUGGAGCCCAGCGUCUCCAGCCACAUACAUGCCUCCCGUCCUCCACAGCAGCGGUCCCUGGGAAUUUUGCCCAAAGGACCCCGUUCCCAGCCCCAGCCCCAGCUCCAUGCAGUGGUCUUGUCUCCUGACACAGGCCUUCGGCAUUUCUAAGGUUUGGAGAUUAAGCAAGUUUCUGUGCAAUUUUUAGCACAUUUGUAUCUUUUCUAUGUUGGACGUCUGGGUCUUUCUGUAUCUGUGUGUGUGUGUGUGUCCUCAUGUGGCCAAAUGUUUGCAGGUGAUAAUGGUUCACAGGAGCUCAGGACAGAGGCCAAUACCCCAAGAGCUAUUUGCCCGUGGGCUGCUCUUGCGCCUUUGUCUGGGCUUCUUCUAGGCUGUGCUCGGUGGGGUUGACUCCUGUCCAGGUGAGAACAGGAGUGGAGGUGACUGGCCUCUGUUCUGCUGUGCUUGAUCAGACGCACACAGCUCUAGGUGCAGCCUUACACUACUCAGAACCUGUUUCCCCUUCCCAGACGGAGCAUCUUCAGACCAGAUCCCCACGGCUCCCCCACGGGGGAUCACACAUCCGUGUGAUGACUGCUCAUGGACAGGCUGCCCUGAGUUUGAGCCCACAGACCAGCUACUGCAGACAUCCCUCUGCAGAGGACUCUUGUCCCCGUACCCAUUGCUGAGAGCAGCAGAAAGUUCAUCAUGCCUCCAGCAAGUACUAAGUGUUGGGCACUGGGCAGCCAUGCUCCAGAACAACACAUGAGAAUUGUAUUGGUGCCAGCCCACCCAAAAGAGCCCUAAGGACCACACACCAAUGCCUCAGAAGACUGCAGACUGGAACUUAUGUGGGGACCAAAUGGCUGUUGGGAUUGAGAGUAGGAGGCCCUGGUGACCUAAAGUGGACUGGUGCUGAGAAGUGACUUUAGGGUGACCUAAAGUGGACUGGUGCUGCAGAAGUAGGCCUGUCAGGACUGCAGUGUCUGUCCCCCGUGCCUUCAGGGUACAUGGAAGGCCUCUGUUGGGGGCAGUUUAGACUAUUGCUAUUCCAGUUCCAAGCACUGGAGUCUGCCAGCUCUUACUGGUGAAUAAUCCACAACCCAGGAUUUGCUGAGGUUUGUCUUUCCUUGCCCCUCCCAUGGGCCCCAGAGGGACAGGCUCCUAGGAGCGCCUUCCCAGGACCGCCUUGCCACUCCUGAGGCCAGGUGCCCUCUGACCUGCCUGGAGGUGGAAUUUGAUACUGUACAUUGUCUCAAUGCCUGUUUUUACAUAUUCCUUUCAUUAAAGGUUUUAGUUUGGGUGUA